CUACUCACUAGCCACGGAGAGUUGGGUCCGUAAUCAAGAGUCAGUCUUGAUCGGGAGUAGUAUUUUCUUUCUUUCCAUUGUGUAAUGAGUUACCAAUGUUACGACUCCUUGGCAUCAUAAACCAUAGAGGGUGUCUAUCUACACCAGAUGAGAAAACUAACCUCAUCAUAUCGUAUCGCAAGCAUGACAAAAGCUUGUGCCAGCAAAAUUUUCAUGACUUGUCUAAGGUGCGCUAACACUCGGUUGCGGAGAUUGAGUUAGUGGUCCUUCAGACAAUCAGACCCGACAGCAAGGGUGGGCGAUUAUGUAACAAAGCGACGAGACUACCACAAUGUACGACUCCAAAGGAUAAGUGACGGUCAUAUCUACUGAGGUCAAGCAAUAUAAAUAAUGUCGCGAAUUCCCCGAUGAACAACACUUUUCUCUAUCCCACGACCAUCAGUUUCAUCUUCACACAAAGCACCUUCUUAGUCCUCGGUGGCAUAUUCAGCUUCUGUCUCAAACAUCAAUCGUUUCUAUAUCACCUCACCAACCGCCAAAAUGAGAUUCAGCUUAAACUCUACCCUGCUAUUCGCAGGUGCUGUUUCCGCAACCUGCAAUGCUUCGGGCUUCAAGUACGAGAGACUCGACAAGAACGACUCCGUCCUCGUCAUUCUUGAUAUGCAAGAAGGCCUGUUCAGUCUUUCUCGGGAUUAUGAUGCAGUCCAGUACCGCAACGCCAUGUAUGCUCAUGCUGAGCUUGGCAAGGUCUUCGACAUUCCUGUCAUUAUGACUACCUCUGCCGAGACUGGCCCCAAUGGCCCUCUACCCAACGAAUUCUUGGAGAUGUACCCUGAGGUCUCGGUUGUGAGGCGUAUGGGAGAGGUUAACGCUUGGGACAACGCAGAGUUCCGUGAGGCUGUCAAGGCUACCAACAAGUCUCAAAUCAUCAUUGCCGGUAUUGUCACUGACGUCUGCACUACCUUUGCUGCUCUCUCCCUCCGUGAGGCCGGCUACAGCGUCUGGGCAAACCAUGAGGCCUCUGGAACCACCUCCAUCGAUAUCCGUGAGCAGGCUAACGACCGCAUGCGUGAGGCUGGUGUCCACGUCGUCUCUUACUUUGCUGUUGUUUGCGAGCUGAUGCGUGACUGGCGCGCCUCCCCUGGUGCUCUUGAGCUCCUCCCUGUUCUGGACCGAUACCUCCCUGCUUACGGCAUGGUUACUCGUGCUCACCUGGCUGCCAUCAACAACGGCACCAUCCAGCCCGGCCAGGAGGACAUUCCUUAAAUGGGCCACCAUUCUCCAUGCCUAAGACACAAAACAAUGAUGGCUAAACUAUUGGUUUCCUGCCAAUAGUACUAGGCUUGUUACUUAUUUUGGGGUGUAUGCUUCGACAUGUUAUGAUAUUCCAGUUUUAUAGAUUGGACUUUUCAGAAUAGAUCAAAAAUAGAUUUCUUUUUAACCCCUAAA